AUGCAGUUAACACUGCUUUUCGGAGUUUUCCUGUUUGUUGGACUGGCUAGUGGACAAUUGUCGUCUACAAGAGAUCAAGACUGCAAAGACAAUGAAACCUUCCAAACAUGUGGAUCCGCUUGUGAGCCAUCCUGUGGUAGCCCAAAUCCAUCGUUUUGCACUCUUCAAUGUGUUGUUGGUUGCCAAUGCGAUAAAGGAUUCUUCAGAAGAUCCGAUAAGGCAUGUGUCCCUCAAGAUCAGUGCAAUGUAGUUGCGAACACGACCGCACCAGUUGCUCCAACUCUUCCAGCACCACCAUCGGCGAAUUUGACAUGUAGAACCAAUGAGCAAGCUAACGAUUGUCAUAAUCCAUGUACCGAGAAAAAGUGCCCAGUAAAAAAUGGACCAUUGGUUAACUGCAUUUUGAAUUGCCAAGUUGGGUGUUCCUGCAAACCUGGGUAUCUGAGAAAUAAACAGGGAGCCUGCGUAAAGGAUUCAGAGUGCCCAGCAAUUGUAUCAGAAGACCAAUGCAACCUCGUCGAUUGCCGUAGUGGUCUAAAGUGCGUCAUCCAAAACAAUGAGCCAGUAUGCAUCCCAGCUCCCGAGGUGCCAUCACCAGGUAUAACCUGCGCAAAUGUUAGAUGCGGAUCCAAGGGAGGGUGCGGGAUGGUUGAGCCAACUGGAUGCAAUGGAUGCAAGCUUCAGCCACAUUGUUUGGAAGUUAAUAACUGCCACACUGCCAAAUGUUCUCCUAAAGAAGAAUGUGUUUUGGUUCAAGUCACUUGCGUAAUGGCUCCAUGCCACCCCAUCGCCGAGUGCCGUCCGAAGAAAAAUAUCAAGCCACUCGUCCAGCUCCGUGAGCCCCGCCAAACUGGUCCCAGCUGUAUGACCGCUAGAUGUGGUACCCCAGCAGGGUGUGCCAUGGUCAAGCCAAGCAAUUGUGGGAAUAAGAACAAUUGCGAGUUGAGACCAGCGUGCAUUCAUGAGAAUGCGUGUAUUGCUACCAGUUGUCUAGUUGGAACCCAAUGUGUGCUCCACGAAGUUCAGUGCGUCAAGGCACCAUGCAAUCCAAUAGCUAAAUGUGAACCACUAGAUGAUGCUCCAGCUCUAUCAGAUAAAAGAUGUAAACAAAAAAUGAGAAGUAUGUUCAGUGCAAGACAGGCUGUUCGGAUACCAAGUGUAAUGAGGAGCCUCGCUUUUGCCCAGCAGUUUGCCGUGGCGGUGGUUGUGUUUGCCAAGAUGAUUGACAAAUUUAUUGAACUUUCAGAUUACUCGGACACCCCUAAGCCCCCACUUUCCUCUGAUAACAUCACUGGUAUCAAUAUCCAAAUCACCCCAUGCUCUACAGUAAGAUGUGCAUCUGGAACAGAAUGUCAGGAACUGGAGAGAAACUGUACCGUCCCGCCAUGUGAAAUUUACGCGGCUUGUGUAAAUACUACCGUCGUCGACAAUCUUGCUGGAGGAUGCGCCACGAUGCGUUGCGCCGCUGGAGAAACAUGUGAAGAAGCUAUGGUGAAAUGUGCUGUUCCACCAUGUCCGAAAAAUGGCAUGUGUGUAUUGGAUAUGACUCAAAAUGAUACACUGAAUAGCUGUGCUAGUGUUUCAUGCCCAGUUGGGGAGAGUUGCGAGGAGACGGUGGUUCAGUGCUUUGUUGCACCCUGCCCAAAAGCAGUUUCGUGCGUUCCAAUGAACAUUCAUCAAAACUCCACAGCUAGACAAGGAUGUGACGUAGUGAGAUGCCGAGCAAAUGAAAUCUGUGAAGAACAGGAGGUUCAGUGUAUAAAAGCACCAUGUCCAAUACAAGUCGCCUGUGUCAGUAUUGUCCACACCAAUGGAACAACUGGAGGAUCGGCAAACCACUCAACUAGGAUACCGCCAAACAGCUGCCCAACAAAUCAAACAAUGAGUGAUUGCUUGAACAAGUGUAGUGAAGAAAAAUGCCCUGGAAUUGGAGUAAGCAUGAUGUGCACUAAACACUGUGGACAAGGGUGUGCCUGUUCUUCUGGCUUUGUUAGAUCGUCUGAUGGGGAGUGCUACAAGUCCAAAGACUGUCCAUUAGAGCAAGUUUGUGGAGAAAAUGAGGAAUACCGAUGCGAAAAAUGUGCUGGAACGUGCAAAAACCCAGAACCAAGUUGCCCUGGACCUAAAAACAAGAGCUGCAACAAAAAGUGUAUUUGUGCACCUGGGUUUGUAAAGAAAAAUGGGAAGUGUGUCACAUUGGCUAGUUGCCCGGAUCAUGAUCACUCUGAUAUCACUUGUCUUGGCACACAAGACUACACAGAUUGCCUUCCAAAAUGCCGACAAUUAUGCUCUGGGGUUACAGACUGUGACAAAAAUAUGCUAACCGAAAUGUGUACACCUGGAUGCGUUUGUAGACCCAACUAUAAACUAGAUAGUAAUGGGACCUGUGUUCAUAAUCGGCAUUGCUUCAAGACCACAGAUUGCCCAGAAAAUGAGGAAUGGUCGAAAUGUGUAUCGGAUGAUAAUCUAUGUGGAAUGGCAACAAUUCUAAAAGUGCCGCUACGUGAUCAAUGCUUCUCUGGUUGUAUUUGUGCAGCUGGUUUUGCCAGAAAUAAUAAUGGAACUUGUGUUGAGAAGUGUUGA